CGCUGUAUCUCAGGCUUACCUGAACUUCGAUGCACAAUUUUCCAGCUGGUUCAUGAUGCUCAGAGUGACAACUAUAAAGCGAGGCGCAUUGGAAAUAAGACCCUCGUGGCGCUUGCCUUGACAUGCAAGUCAUUCACGGAACCUGCACUGAAGCUUUUGUGGCAAGACCUGCCUGGGCUUGCACCACUUAUCAAAUGUCUCCCGCGAAGUCUAUGGAAACAGGUGGAA